UUCAGCCCAACCUGGACUUUUGCCAUGCUUUUUCCUGAGACCAGCGGGAGAUAUUAAUAAAAGCUUAGAGCUCGGUUUUGGUGAAAUCUUCAAGCUUUGAAGCAGGGCAAGCAACUGAUCGCCACAGAGAACGCAGCCAUGAUUCAAUUUGUGCUUCUAAUAAGCAGACAAGGAAAAGUGAGGUUGACAAAAUGGUAUUCUCCUUAUACCCAAAAGGAAAGAAGUAAGGUUCUCCGUGAGCUCAGUGGAGUAAUUCUUGCGCGAGGUCCCAAACUCUGUAAUUUUGUGGAUUGGAGAGGAUACAAAGUUGUUUAUAAAAGAUAUGCCAGUCUGUAUUUCUGCAUGUGUAUUGAUCAAGAAGAUAACGAAUUAGAGGUCCUUGAAAUGAUUCAUCAUUAUGUUGAGAUUCUCGACCGAUACUUUGGCAGUGUCUGUGAAUUGGAUUUGAUAUUUAACUUCCACAAGGCCUACUAUAUACUAGAUGAAAUUUUGAUUGCUGGUGAACUUCAAGAAUCGAGCAAGAAAACAGUUGCACGAUUGAUAGCUGCACAGGAUUCUUUGGUGGAGACUGCAAAAGAGCAGGCUAGUUCGAUAAGUAAUAUAAUCGCGCAGGCAACCAAGUAAUGGAGAACAAGCAUAUGGUCACCCUUUGUAUCAAUACACAUUGAAGUGUUUCUGUAUUAAUAUUGUUCUUGUUAUCGUUAUUUUGAAAUUUUUUUGUAAUAACUGAUGUGCGUUUUUGGUUACGUAUGCAGUUUUAAGGAUUGUACAAUGAAAUGUUCUCCGAUUCGUCGUUGAUUAUAUGUCUUGUGUGGAUGGUUUAUUCAUAGC